AGAGAAUAUAUAUAUAGAGCCCUAGUAUUACUUAUUAGCUAGAAGAAAAAAAUGGGAGAAAGCAAAGUGGAUAAGCACUUCUUUCUGGUCCACUUCUUAUUUAAUUUAUAGGAAAAGAAGAAGAAGAAGAAGAAGAUAAUAAUCAAAAAUGGGAGAAAGCAAGCACUUCGUUCUGGUUCAUGGGGCGUGCCAUGGGGCUUGGAGCUGGUACAAGGUGAAGCCGCUGCUGGAGGCGGCCGGCCACCGCGUGACGACGGUUGACAUGGCGGCGUCCGGCAUCAACAUGAAGAGUAUUAAAGAUGUGCACUCAAUGUUGGACUAUUCUCAGCCACUGUUGGAGGUAGUGGCGUCUCUUGAUCCGGAAGAGAAGGUGGUCCUCGUCGGCCAUAGCCUUGGAGGCCUCAACAUAGCCAUGGCUAUGGAGAACUUUCCUGAAAAAAUCACCGUCGCCGUUUUCUUGACGGCGUUAAUGCCGGACACCGUUAAUCAACCAUCGUAUGUUGUAGAUCAGUUUCGGGAGAGGACUCCACCAGGUGCAUGGCUAGACACACAGUUUGGGUCAUUUGAGACACCUAAAGGACCACUAACAUCCAUAAUUUUUGGUCCAAAUUCCAUUUCCACCAGGCUCUAUCAACUCAGCCCAAAAGAGGAUCAUGAAUUGGCUAUGGCCUUGACAAGGCCUGGGUCAUUGUUCAUUGAAGACUUGUGCAAAGCAAAGAAGCUAUCUGAAAAGUCAUAUGGGUCAGUUCCUCGAGUUUAUGCCAUUUGUGACCAAGACAUGACAAUAACAUUGGAAUUUCAGCAAUGGAUGAUCCAAAACGGUGGCGUUUCGGACGUCGUUGAGAUUCAAGGCGCGGAUCAUAUGCCAAUGAAUUCCAAGCCAAAAGAAACUUGUGAUGCUUUGGUAAAGAUUGCAUCUAAAUUUGCUUAGAAAUAUAUAAUAUUGAACUUAAUUAUUAAUGUUUUCAUCAUCAGCUGUUAUUUUCUUUAAUUUUAAUUUUACCAGCCAAUAAGAGUAUCAUACUUGGAGACAAAAGUCAUCAUGACCUAAUGAAUGAUCAUUGUAUUAAUUACGUAUAUUAAUGUUUUUAUUUGUAUGCUUAA